AAAAAAAAAAAAAGAUGGGUUCAAUAUCAACUGAAUUAUUCUUUAAUGAAGCAGAAUUUAGAAUCAUCAUCCCAAAUUAUAAUAAUGAAGGGAACGAUAAAGAGGAUCCUCUUUCUAUAUUAGACGCUAAUCCACGUGAAUUUGCUUUCUAUGAUGAACAAUUGCAAGUUUACUUGUUUGCUUGUAUACCUAAACAUGUAGCAGGUGAUGGAGAAGAAGUUAAAAAGGCUAUUAAUUCCUUCUAUUGUCAGCUAGAAGUAGCAUUUGAUGCAACCUUUCUUGAUACUUCUAGUCAAUAUUAUAAUGGCAGUAGUAAUAUUAUACCUACCUUGAAUAGGUCAUCAUCAAUUAGAACACAAUCAUCACUAUCUACAUCUCCUAAACUAGGCAGUAAUUUGAAUCAUCAACGCCGUGCAGCAGCUGAGAUAACCACACCCUUCUUUACACAAGCUUACAAUAGAAAUAAUAAGAAUGCAGAAUUGAUGUUAUUUGAGUAUGACGAUAGUUUUUGUUGUCUUUAUCCAGUGAUUGUUCCUAUCGUUUAUGCAAAGACAAAAUCAACGACUCCAUUUUUGUCAAUUAAUUCAAACAUUCAAUAUAGACCAAUACCAUUAAAAAGAGCAAAUACUCAGGAGGACCAACUUACAACAACAGAUGACUCUGAAUACGAUACUGACUUGUUUGACACAAUUAAUUUACUAAGUGGAUUAGCAGAUGAUCCUGUAUUUAGUGAUCAGGAACGUCCUCUUCAAAGAUUUAUUUUUGAAAGUCAUUCAAAACAUCCAACAGGCUCAUCUUCUUCAUUAACAAGUGGAAACAAUAUCAAUGCAGGAUCAACUCAACUCUCAAUGAAACGUAGUAUACGUGAAAAUUUACCUAUUCGAUCAGGAUUAGUCGUAAAAAUAAGAACUACAAAUGCUUCUGUUGCUGAUAAGAUGGUAAUGAUGUCUGUUGAAUUAGAGAAUCCAGCUGAAGUAGGUUGUGAAUUUUUAUUGGACCAAGUUGAAGUACAAGUCUCGAAUGCUAUAGUUACAAUGUCAUUCAAUGAUCAGUCUAGUGAAACUCUAUUUCCUAUUCUAUUAAAUAAAUCUGAUCUUUUAGUUUUUGUAUAUGACAUAACUUUGCUAGAGGAUGGAUCAGCUAAGCCGCCUACACAACCACAACGUAUAUUCCAUUCUCGAAGACUACCUCCGCAACAACAACAGCAACAUGCAAACUACAGUAACGAAGACAAAAUUCAACCUCAGCGUGUCUCUAUUCAAAUAGUAGGAUACCCUUUAAUUGAAGGUAAAAAGGGCUUACCGAUGAGAUCUAAAUGGAACACAAUGCUCGAUGUUUCAAGCAUACGACAGCAAAAAAAGGAAGAAAUAUCCGCACCUUUCGUAUCUGAGAAAUUUAAUACUAUCUCUUCUGUAACUUCUCUUUCACCUACUGUUAUGUCACCUUCUAUGGCAAGAUCUCAAUCUAAUAACAUAUUUUCGCCAGGUGCACGUUCGAUAGUGGGUAGUCCUGGUGGAGGAAAUCAAAUGAAUCAUUCAUUAGAAGGGGUGUUUGGUAUGAAGAAGCAAGGAGGAAUAAGUAUGAUAGGAAGGCGUGCACCUGAAAGAGAAAUUGCAGAUGGUAUCAUAGUAUCAUUUACGGUACCAGAUACAAUUGUAGUUGGUAAAACGUUUCCCUUGCAUAUCUUUAUUGUGAAUAAAUCUAAACAUACAAGAAGGUUUCAAGUAAUGAUACCCAAUCGUAGGAGACAUCCUACAGAAAGUUAUGGACAGACAUUGAAGACUACAUUACCUCCUUUACCUAUGGAGCAGAUGCCAAUUGAUCCUUAUAUGGACGUAUCAGAAUUUUUGAAGCAAUACUUUGAAAAUGAAACUCAUGAAGCAGAUAUUAUUUGUCUAGAAAAUAAUAUUAGAUUAAGCCCACUUGGACCUUCUACAUCACAAAGUGUAGAUAUUCAAUUUAUUGCUGUAAAAGAUAAACUACAUACAAUUGAUCUAGUACAACUUGUAGACCAGGAUACAGGCUUUGUUACCAAUCUGCGUCAUGUAUUAGAAGUUUAUGUCGAACAACAGCAAUUGUAAUUAAUUUGGCGGAGACAUUUUUUUUAUUAAUGAUAUUGUUUCAAAAAAAAAAAAAAAAAAAAAAA